AUGUGUACAGUUUGGCUGGACAGGUGGCUCAGUUCUGCUGGCAGCCAUGAGGAUCCUACCAAUUGUGAUACUGACCUUGAUCGUGGUCCAUUCCGGGUGCGGCCGAAAGCAGAGCAAGAAACAAAAGGACAAGGGUCCUUGCGGCAAGCCUUUUCUAAAGGAGAUCAACGAAAAGUGCUACUACGUGUCCGUCAAAAAGAUCAACUGGUUCGGCGCCCAGAACAACUGCCUGCGCAAGGGCCUCAACCUGGCCGACGUGUCCAAUCCGGAGGACUUCAACGCGGUGGUGAACUACCUGCAGGUGCAGGUGGGCCUGGACGACUACUGGUUCGGGGGCAACGAUCUGCAGACGGAGGGUCGCUUCACCUACAUCAGCAAUGGAAGAGUAGUGCGCUACAUGGGCGAAACGGGCAUGGUGGAGCCGACGCACCGCUCCAACAUGGACGACUGCCUGGAGAUCAGGAUCCGGCCCAACCGCACCGUCGUCCUGGACGUGAACUGCCAGGAGAAGAAGUACUUCGUCUGCGAGCAGAACCAGGGCAAGUGUGCCUAUCCCACGGCGGAGAGCAGCGAUGGCGAUGACCAGCACCACAGCCACGAGCAUCUGCACCACUUCCACCACGACGCGGCCAAAAAGGAAAAGCACGAUGCGGGGAUCCAGCAGCAGAGUGUGGAAAGCGAUUCACGGCCAACUGAUAAUUCGAAUUCAACGGAAAUCGGGUACUCGGACGAGGCGGGGCGCACGGCGCCUGAAGGUGAUGGUGAGACGCCUGCGGAGGGCGCCGGGCCGCAGGUGGGCCCGGAGGGCAACGAGGGAUUGGAGGGACUGGAGGUCACGGAGGGCGGCCAGGAGGGCGGCCAGGAUGGCCAGGAGGGCCAAGUACCCAAUCCCGAGGAGGAAGCGGCGACACCCGCUGAAGGAGAAGCCGCUGGAGAAGCCACACCUGCGCCGGAUGAAGCAGGUGUUACUCCGGCGGGAGGAGCAGCUCCAGCGGAAGGAGCUGCACCAGCGGAAGGAGCAGCCCCCGCCGAAGGAGCCGCACCAGCGAAAGGAGCAGCUCCAGCCGCCGAGGGCGCAUCUCCACCAGCGGGAGAGGCAGCUCCAGCAGCUCCAGCGGAACCGGCAGCGGGAGGAGAGGCUCCGGCAGCUCCAGCUCCAGCGGCCUAAACGCACUACCCCACCAACCAGGCGGACCAAUACACAUCUAGGGACUCGAAGAAUGUUUGAGCUUUGACAAAAUAAAUUAAAAUUUUAAACACAUUAA